ACAAAAUACUUUUAAAUUUAUUACGAAAUUUUCCAGCAUUUCCAACAUUACCUAAUAUCCCUUCUAGUAGUUUGAGUCUUCUAGUUUCUAACAAUGCCGGCCAGCUGCAUUGACCAUCUCAGCAUUAUCGCCUCAGAGGAGGAAUUCGAAGACCUUAUUGAGUGGUAUAAAACGGUUCUUUCUCCGCUCAAAUACAAGGAAAUUAUGCGUUUCCCUGGUGCAGUAGGGAUGGGGAAAGAAGUCCCAGAUUUCUGGGUUACGCAGAAAGAGAGGACCGCGCCGUCACAGCUUCAUUUUGCUUUCACUGCUCCUGAUCGUGAUACUGUCGAUUCCUUCUAUCAUACUGCCCUCGCUGCUGGGGGAACUUGCAAUGGUCCACCAGGAUUACGACCAGAGUAUCACGAGAAUUACUACGGGGCAUUCAUCAUAGAUCCAGUUGGGAAUAACGUGGAGCUAGUUACCCAUAAUGCGCAAUCUCAAAAUGAAUAAAAUUAUCAUUCAAGGAAAUCAAGCAAAGUAUGAAUUGGGAUGAUGUCAAUAUGUC